UCAAUUAAGAUGAAGGGCGACGGAAGGUGCUUGAAACUCUUUCUUGCACUUUUGAUCCUUUUCCUACAAAACGUAAAAGGAGGAGAAGUUAGCCACAGCCACAGCCACAGCCUCAGAGAUGCUAAAGUGACAGUGAGGUGCAUAGAGAGGGAAAGGCAAGCACUACUUGCAUUCAAACGUGGCCUGGUGGAUGAGUUCAAUCAACUCUCAACUUGGGGUUCAGAAGCCGAAAAACAAGAUUGUUGCAGAUGGGAAGGAGUCUAUUGUAGCAACCAAACUGGCCAUGUCAUUCAACUUGAUCUUGGAUAUUCUUUCCCUGGUAAGACGAUUCAACAUGAUAUUUUUGGAUAUUCUUUCCAAGGUAAGAUGAUUAGUCCUAAACUGAUUGAGUUGCAGCAUUUACAAUAUUUGGACCUUUCAUUGAUUGAUUUCUAUGGGAUCCAAAUUCCAGAUUUCAUUGAUUUGUACCUAAGCAGAAGCUUCGAUGGGGGCCAAAUUCCAGAUUUCAUUGGUUCUCUAACCAAUCUAAGAAACCUCAGUCUCUUCGACGGUAAUUUGAUUGGUCCAAUUCCAAGUUCGUUUGGAAACCUCACGCAAUUGCAAAAUCUCGACCUCAGAGAUAAUCAGCUUCAACCAGAAAAUCUCAAUUGGCUCCCUGCUCUUUCUUCUUUAACGUAUUUGGACCUAAGCGAAGCCAAUCUCAGUACUGUUUUCGAUUGGCCAGAAGCAGUACUUAAUAAGCUCCCUAAACUAGUAGAGUUGACCUUGGUGAAUUGUAGUCUUCCUCCUCCUUCUACUCCAAUUCUUUCCACUACUCUUUACAAAACAAAUUCUUCUACAUCUCUUGCGUACGUUUCUCUCUCUGACAACCAUCUCACUUCUUCAAUAUUUCUUUGGUUGUCCAACUACAGUACAAGCCUUGUUACUCUUGACCUCUCCAUCAAUAAUCUAACUGGUUUCAUUCCCGAUUUCAUUGGAAACAUGAGCUCUGUUGUGAGUCUGGAUCUCUCUGAUAACCAGAUUGAAGGAGCGAAUCCAAAUUCGUUUGCAAGGAUGUGUAAUUUGCGAACAUUGUCGCUUCAAACAAAUCAUCUGAGUGGACAAUUAUCCAAGUUUGUUCAACGAUUGCCUAGAUGUGCUCAAAACUCAUUAGAGGAUUUGCGACUCUCUGAGAAUGUUCUUGUGGGGUCAUUAAACAAUCUUACAAGCUUCUCAUCUUUGAAACUCUUGUAUCUUUAUGCCAAUCAAUUAAGCGGAAAAAUACCUGAAAGUAUUGGGCAAAUGUCGCAACUAAAGGAAAUCGAUUUCAGCACAAACUCUUUGGAAGGGGUGGUUUCAGAAACUCAUUUCUCAAAACUCUCCAAAUUAAACUCUUUAGAUUUAUCCUCUAACUCACUAGCUUUAAAUUUCCAUUCUGAUUGGAUUCCUCCCUUCCAGUUGAGUGACAUAAAUUUGGCGUCCUGCAAGGUCGGUCCUCUUUUCCCAAAAUGGCUUCAAACUCAAAAUAAGUCUUCCCAGCUUGAUAUUUCGAAUGCUGGAAUUUCUGAUAUCCUUCCAAGUUGGUUUUGGAGAAAUUUUCGUCGCGCAUACUUUAUUAAUCUCUCACAAAAUGUAAUCAGAGGAACAUCUAAAGAUUUGGCAGUGAAGAUUACACAACUAGUGUUAGAUCCAAUGUAUCCCUCAACUCGAGCACAAGCCUCACAUCUGGAUCUCUCUAAUAAUCACUUUUCAGGGUCGCUUUCUUUCCUAUGCGGAUCUACAGAUAUGAGUUUAAUAUAUCUUAAUCUUUCAAGCAAUAGUUUUUCUGGAGAACUUCCAGAUUGCUGGAGGGAUUUGGAGACUCUAGUCAUGCUUGAUUUGAGUAACAACUCUUUUUCCGGAAAAAUUCCCAUGACAAUAGGCUCUUUAUUUCAAAUGCAAACUUUGAAAUUAAGAAGCAACCGAUUUGUUGGAGAAUUGCCUUCAUCGUUGAAGAACUGCUCAAGUUUAGAAGUUAUUGAUCUGGGAGAUAAUAAAUUAUCAGGACCAAUACCUACAUGGUUAGGUGUGAGCUUCAAGAAUUUGGUUAUCCUGAUGCUUUCCACUAAUCACUUCAAUGGAAGCAUGCCAUCACAAUUAUGCCAUCUAACACACAUUCAAAUUAUGGAUUUCUCUAUGAACAACAUCUCUGGAAGCAUACCCAAAUGCCUCAACAAUUUGACUACUCUAGCUCAAAAAGGAAAUUCAAUUCUAUCCAGCACACAUCCUUAUACUAGAUAUCCACGUAGGGCUGUUUUUUUCCAAAAAUAUAUUAAUUAUGAGAAUGAUGCAAGCUUCAUAUGGAAAGGAAGAAUGCAGACAUACAAAAGUACUUUGGCCCUUGUGAAGAGAAUUGAUCUCUCAAGCAAUAGAUUAACAGGGGAGAUUCCAAGUGAAAUCACUCAUCUUGUUGAGUUGGUUUCUUUAAACCUUUCAAGAAACCGGUUAACAGGUCAAAUAACUCCAAAGAUUGGAAACUUGCAGUCAUUGGAUUCUCUUGAUUUGUCAAGAAACCAAAUAGAUGGAAGAAUUCCGACAAGCCUUGCUCGGAUAGAUCGUCUUAGUUUCUUGGACUUGUCAUAUAACAACUUGUCUGGCAAAAUACCAACAGGCACUCAGCUCCAAAGCUUUGAUCCCCUUGAUUAUGCUGAAAAUCCUCAACUAUGUGGACCUCCACUUAAAAAGAUGUGUGCUGAUGAAAAUGAGAAAACUGACUUGAGCAAUGAAGAGGAUAAGGAUAAGUUUAUCACACUGGGAUUUUACAUCAGUAUGGGGAUUGGGUUUGUUGCGGGAUUUUGGGGAGUUUGCUGCACUUUGAUAUUCAACAGGUCAUGGAGAUAUGCAUACUUCAAGUUCUUGAAUGAUUUAAAUGAUUGGCUUUAUGUGAAGAUAGCUUUGAGCAAGCGGCAACUGAAGCUAGCAUAUGCUUAAUAGAUAAGCUCGCGGCGGUACUCUUUCUCUGUCAUCAUUAAUUUCGUUUUAUAAUUAUUUUCUUAUUGCAUUUUUUCCUUUUCUCCAAACUAACGGGUAUUAAUUUGUUUACUUUGAUAUUUAGCUGCGGCAUAUAAAUUAGGAGAAAAGUAGCUGUAGCUGUAUGCGUCCUUUCAAUUCAAGUGUGGAAGAUUGCCAGUAUGUGCACGCACAGG